UCACCGGAUAUACAGGGCUGGGCAGGAAGAAGGAGGUGGCGGCAGGGGAUGAUUAGCCGUGCUGCCUUGGCUGCUUCCUGGGGAGGUGUGACAGCCGCGUUUUGAGUCUCCCAGCAACUUUGCCAGCAGGCAGGGAUGACAGGAUGCCCGUCUCAGCCUCCCUCCAUCCUGACUCGACCCAAGAACGCCCCGCCAGCCUGACCUCCACCGCCUCCUCGUCGGGCUCAUCGCGCGACAGCCGGGCCAUGGAGGAGCCCGGGGGUGGGGAGCCGGGACCCGAAGGUGGGGAGGGCGCCCCGCGCAGCCUCCCGCACCUCAACAGCAACAACAGCGCCGGCAGUUGGCUGAACGGACAGGGAGGCCCGUCCUUCUCCCCCUUGGCCUUUCGGGCCCCCGCUGGGGACAACCAGCACAGCUACCUGGGCCGGGUCGUGCGGGAGAUCGUGGAGACGGAGCGGAUGUACGUCCAGGACCUGCGCAGCAUCGUGGAGGAUUACCUGUUGAAGAUCAUUGACACGCCAGGCCUGCUGAAGCCGGAGCAGGUCAGCGCACUCUUUGGGAACAUUGAAAACAUCUAUGAACUGAACAGCCAGCUUCUUAAGGACCUGGAUGGCUGCAACGGGGACCCGGUGGCAGUGGCCUACUGCUUCGUGGACAGGAGCGAAGAGUUUGACAUUUACACUCAGUACUGCACCAAUUACCCCAACUCGGUGGCCGCUCUGACUGAAUGCAUGAGAGAGAAGCACCAGGCCAAGUUUUUCCGGGACCGGCAGGAACUGCUGCAGCACUCGUUGCCGCUGGGCUCCUACCUGCUGAAACCCGUCCAGAGGAUCCUGAAGUACCACCUGCUCCUCCAGGAAAUCGCGAAACAUUUUGGCAAGGAGGAGGGCUUCGAGGUGGUGGAAUUUGCGAUCUACACCAUGACCUGUGUAGCCUGGUACAUCAAUGACAUGAAGAGGAAACACGAGCAAGCUGUCCGCCUCCAGGAGAUCCAGUCGCUGCUGAUCAACUGGAAGGGGCCGGACCUGACCACCUACGGGGAACUGGUGUUGGAGGGCACCUUUCGCGUCCACCGGGUGCGGAACGAGCGGACCUUUUUCCUGUUCGACAAGGCGCUGCUCAUCACCAAGAAGCGGGGUGAUCACUUUGUCUACAAGACCCACAUCCCGUGCUCGUCCCUCAUGCUGAUCGAGAGCACCAGGGAGUCUCUGUGCUUCACCGUAACCCACUACAAGCACAACAAGCAGCAGUACACCAUCCAGGCCAAAUCAGCGGAUGAGAAACGGGGGUGGACUCACCACAUCAAGAGGCUUAUCCUGGAGAAUCACCACACCACCAUCCCCCAGAAGGUUAAGGAAGCCAUAUUGGAGAUGGACUCCUACUACCCCACGCGAUACCAAUACAGCCCGGAUAGACUGAAGAAAGCGAUGGACGAGGCGCCGCUGAAAGGUUGCCAGGGGCGCCGACGGUCCGAGCCAACAAAGCAGCUUCUCAAGCAGCUCAACCAGAAAGCAAGACCGGCAGGACUGAAGCACUCAGACAGCGCUGAGGCCCUCUUGGACUCCAGAGAGUUCCGGCAGCCCCUGUUCCCCUGGGGGCAGCAGUCCGAAUUUGAACGGGCUGCCCAGGAGCGGGACGAGAAGGAGGAAGAGGAAGAGCAGGCAUUUCAGCAUAAGACCUCUCCGGAGGAUCUGCCUCUCAGCAACGGCAGCGAGAAGAGGGCUGGGGCUGAGCCCCAAGGCUCAGAGGAGGAAGAGGAGGAAGAGAAGGAGGAGGAGGAGAAAGAGGAGGAGGAGGAGGAGGAGGAAGAGAGUCUGGAGAUAGCCGAGCAGGUAGCAGAUUUUGCCAGCUCCCUGCUGGCCGCCCUGCACUGCUGGCACUAUCGGGCCAACGCUUUACUUUUCUCCCGGGGUGCUACGGACUCUGGGCACAGGGAACAUGAGGUGGCCAAGGGCUGCAAGAGGCCGAGUGGCCAGUCUUCAAGUUCUCCCCAAAAGUGUGUGAACUUGGCACCUGACUCUUCUGGGUCAGAGGCGUGGCUGGACAGAGACCCCGAGGAGGUUCUGGGACCAGCUCCCCUUCCAUUGGAUCACAGCCCAGAGAGGCCCUCAGACCUGGAGUCUUCCCCGCGCACGCCCGAGCGGCUGCUGAACCUCCCCGCGGAGGUGCUGGCGACUGACCUGCCAGCUCCCGAGGUGGAACCCGCCCUUCCUGAGAGCCAGGAGGACCUCAAGACCCUUAGCAGUGAGGAGGAGGAAGAGGAGGAAGGAGCGGCUCCAGAGUCAGGGAGCAUCCUGCCGCCGUCUGUACUGGACCAGGCUAGUGUCAUAGCUGAGAAAUUCAUCAGUAGCUUCUCGCGACGCAGCAGCCUGGCCCUGGAGGAUGGCUGGGCUGGUGGCUUUGGGACAGUCCACCUGGCGAGCCAGAGCGGCAGCCUCCUCAGCCUCGAGGGUGGUGAGAAGGGGCUCUACCCCCGCAGCCCCGAUGACUCCCCCGACUGCUUCCCGGCCCCGGAAGUGGCCCCAGGGGCCAGGGCGGCUCGGGAGCCCCGCUCUCCCCUCGACAGGACUGUGCCCCCGAGUCCCGGUGGCCCCGGGGAAGCCGAACGGUCCCCUUGCAAGAAGAAGGAAUCGCUCCUGUCCACGCAGGACCGGCUCCUGCUGGACAAGAUCAAGAACUAUUACGACCACGCCGAGCACCACGACGCCAGCUUUAGCCUCCGGCGCCGAGAGAGCUUCUCCUACAUCCCCAAGGGGCUGGUCAGGAACUCGGUUACCAAGUUCAACAGCUUCCCGAGGCCCGAGCCCAGAGCCCCCGCUGAGCGCAAAAGGCUGGCUGGGCUCCGGCCCGCUUCCGAGACUCGCUCUGACCUCCCCACCCCGGGAUGGGGGGACCCCGGAGACCCCGCCCCCAUCCAAGACUCCGAGUUCCGCCCGUCCUCUGAGCUAGUGAAGAUCUGGGACGGGAUGGACCGCUCGUCGGGGGCCCGCCGGGGGCUGGCGGGGAAGGGCGGGAGGGAGCCGGCCUCCGGGCAGGAGAAUGGCUUUGAUCUGCAGGAGCCGCUCUUCAUCCUGGAGGAGCAUGAGUUGGGAGCCAUUGCAGAGGAGGUGCCCGGGGCCUCCUCUCGCAGCCCCCAGACCCACCCCGCCCGGCUGGCUCGGGAGCUGAAGGAGCUAGCGAAGGAGCUGGGCAGCGGGGAGCCAGAGCUACCGGCCACCCUGCACCCCCGCAUCGUGCAGUUCUCGCCCGUGAUGGACGCGGACCUUGGCCAACGGGUCACAAACAAGGUUUACCAGCUGGCCCGCCAGUACAGCCUCAGGAUUAAGCGGCGCAAACCCGUGGGGCCGAAUCGGUCCGAGGGAGAGCCUGAUGGUGGGGGGCCGGGCCCCAGGCUGCCCCUCGUGCUGGAGGAAGUGCCACGGCCGGCCACCAGCCAAGGUAAGAAGCCUGCAUUGUCCCUGCCUCGCUCUGAAGGGGACAAUCAGCCACGACAUUCCUCUUCUGCAAGGAGCCGGACCCCUCCGUGCUGCUCCUUCGGGCCUCCCUCCAGCAGCAGGUGGGUCCCCUCCUCUCUCGGGGAGCAGCGGCCCCCUGCCCGCAGCCCCCUCAGCCCCACGGAGGGGGAGACCUUCCACUGGCCAGACGUCCGCCAGCUCUGCUCCAAAUACGCUUGCGGUGCAGGAGCCCCGCAGGCCAGGCUGGGCCCACGUCGGGGCGGCCCGGUCAGCCGGAGCCGCUCGGUGCCCGACGGGAUGACGGAGCCGGCGCAGCCGGAGCACGUGAACCGCUGCUUCAGCCUGGAGGCCCCGCGGGGCCGAGAGGACGAAGCCUUGUUCGUCGCCGCAGACGUCAUCCUGGAUGACAACCGUCGGGUCAUUGUUCUGGAGAAGGGGCCCCGGCCAGAGCCCCCCACAACGGCGGAAGAGGGGGAGCAGGACAGCUGCGGGCAGUGUCAGUCGCCCACCUCCCACAUGGCUGUGGUAGAGCACCACAAAGCCUACCAGGAAUUGGAGGAGCCACGGGGGCGACAGGAGGGACUUGCACCGGACUCCCUGCUGCCAAGUUCAAGGGUGACAGCUGGCCAGCAGGGCCUAGUCAGGACCCUGAGGGCAAAGUUUCAGACAUUGAACUCAAAUGGCUGAAUAAUUGUGAGGGGGAAGAGCACUGCCUGCUCCUACCAGACAUGCUUUGCCCCACUCCCCCCACAACUUCCUGUACUCCAAGACUUCCCGUUCACGUCUUCCCGCUCCUCUUCCAGGAAUCAUAAGCAGGGCUGCGGGGAGUGACUCUGCCACUCCCAGAACUCUCUCUGCCACCGCACAUCCUUUUCUGCCACACAGGAAGGUCCGUGGCAAGCCGGACCACUCGCUGCCUCGAGACCCAUCACAGCCGCGUCUAGCAACCAGGAGACAUUUCUCCUUUAUCUUUAGUAUAUAUAUGUAAAAGACAAAAGUAUCGGAGAGGACCACGAGAGG